GAACAUACCGCCUCCUGUUGCUGCACCUCACUGUGGGAUCUGCAGUCGACCUUUCAGGCUACACACAUGAACGCAGAAAGCUCGUUGGCGCGUCUCCCCGCUAUGUGCGACCCGGAGGACGGUCGGUGGAGUUCACCAGCACGGCGCCUCCUGCUCUGAGCCCGGAGCUGCUGGAGUAAACUGGGCUCUCGUCUUUGCGGGGGGAAUUUUCUUCUUCUUUUCUGUCUUUUGGACCCAACUUGUCAGAGAAGCAGAAGGAAGGAGGGAGGGAGGAGGCGGUUUGUUUCGUCGCUGUCUUCCAAGAAAGUGUGAAACAAGUGUAAAGACAGAGAGCAACAGAUGUUUUUGGUGAACAUGCAGCUGGCGGAGGAAUGAAAGCGGCAGCGAGGCACCGGCGGCCCUUCCAGCGGUUCUGCUGCUGCGGAGUCGGGCUGGUCGCCGUCAUUUGGCUCACGCAGGUCCUCCAGGCUCCAGAGACGAAGUUCUCCGGGCCUCAGCCAGGCGUGAACGGUGAGCUGCUGCGAUGGACACGCAGGUUGAUGCAGGAGAAGUCAGACAACCAGAGCCUGGAUGAGCCCCGAGCAGCCAUCCAUGAGUUUCCAGAGGACAUAUUUACCAAGGAGCAGAGGAAGAAUGGGGCUGUGCUCCUGCAUGCACUCUGCGCCAUCUACAUGUUCUACGCUCUGGCUAUCGUCUGUGACGACUACUUCGUCCCUUCUCUGGAGAAAAUAUCCGAGAACCUGCAGCUCAGCGAGGAUGUGGCGGGGGCGACGUUUAUGGCUGCUGGAAGCUCCGCCCCUGAGCUGUUCACCUCUCUCAUUGGAGUUUUCAUCACUAAAGGAGACGUCGGAGUCGGCACAAUUGUGGGUUCAGCUGUCUUCAACAUCCUGGUCAUUAUUGGGUUGAGUGGGAUCUUUGCAGGCCAGACGGUGGUUCUGACAUGGUGGUCUCUUUUUAGAGAUUCCUCUUACUACAUCUUGUCUGUCCUGGCUCUCAUAAUGGUUAUCUAUGAUGACAGAGUUUACUGGUGGGAGUCCCUGCUCCUCAUGACCAUGUACGGGAUCUACAUCGUCAUCAUGAAGUUCAACUCCCAGAUCUCCGUGUUUGUGAUGCGGCGGAUACGGAGCAGCAGACCGUGCUGCCGAGCGUCAGAGGGCGGCCCCGAGAGCAAGAUGGGAGAAGAGGCCUCGGCUUGCAAUACCUCCAUGGUUCUCCUCAAUAAAGGCCAAAGUCACGGCGAAGAGUCUCAACCCGUCAUCAUGGUGGACGAGCUGCUCAUCCUCAACCCCCACAAACUGUCCUUCUCCGAGGCCGGUCUGCGCAUCAUGAUCACCCCGCACUUCUCCCCCCGCACCAGGCUCUCCAUGGCCGGGCGCAUGCUCAUCAGCGAGAGGCAGAGGCUGAGCCGGAGCUCCAAACACCAGCGAGACGGCGAGGCCGCCACAGGGUCCAGGAAAGGGUCGCCCAGCAACGACCUGAAGAGGUCGGGCUCCUGCAGUCUGGAGAACGGAGGAGGGAGACCCGGGAUGAGAGACGCAGAGUCGGGAGACAAGCCAGGGGCCGAGGGGUGCCGGCCAGAGGAGGAAGACGAUGAUGAGGAUGGCAUUUUUAAUCCUGUUCGCAUGCCAGGAAGCUGCUGUGCGCGGGUGAAGUGGGUGAUCACCUGGCCUCUGGGCCUCCUCCUCUACUGUACUGUGCCUAACUGCAUUCUGCCACGCUGGCACCGCUGGUUCAUGGUCACGUUCGUGGCCUCCACCCUGUGGAUCGCUGUCUUCUCCUACCUCAUGGUGUGGAUGGUCACCAUUAUCAGCUUUACACUAGACAUCCCUGACUACAUCAUGGGUAUAACCUUCCUGGCAGCAGGAACCAGUGUACCCGACUGCAUGGCAAGCCUGAUUGUAGCUCGACAAGGCAUGGGGGACAUGGCGGUGUCCAACUCGAUAGGCAGCAAUAUCUUUGACAUCCUGCUGGGGUUGGGCUUCCCCUGGGCUUUGCGUACCCUUUUGGUGGACCAUGGAUCUAUAGUGUCCAUAAAUAAUAAAGGUCUUGUAUAUUCUGUCAUCCUGCUGCUGGCAUCAGUGUUUCUGACUGUGAUGAGCGUACAUCUAAACCACUGGAGGCUGGACCGCCGGCUGGGUCUGGGUCUGAUGUUUCUCUAUGCGAUCUUCCUUCUCUGCUCCAUCCUUUUUGGACAGAUGUAAGACCUGACGGUUGCGUUUCCCCUUUCUUUAGACUCGUCUAAUAGAUUCCCUGUUUCCCACACAUACAGUUUAUCUGAUGCCAAAAAAAAAAAACAAAAAGCAAGAGUGAAAGUAGCGUGGUUU